AUGGCGGCACACGACUCCUUCGCGCAGCUCGGGAGCGAGGUGUUCCCGGCCUUCGCGUCGUCCUUUCUUCCCUCCUCGAGCCCCUUCUUCCCGUUUGGCGCCUUUCCCCCGUCGUCCCUGUCUGGCGACUCCUCGAAAAAGGAAAUCCUAGUGGUGCACUCUCCGCGCGAGCUUCUCGCGUACCGGCAGUCGCGGCCGCGCUUCCCGCUGUCGCUGUCCUGCGAAACGUGCAAGGCCUCUGCGGCGCGCGACCCCCCUCCCGGCGGAGUCGCAGCAGAGCCCAGUGGUGGCGUCUCCUCUUCAGCCCCGGCGUGUCAGUGCGCCUCCGCCUUCGAACGGCUUCCCGCCGCCUGCCUUUCGCGCCGCCGGCGGAUCUCCGUGGUGCCGACUAUGGGCGGCCUCCACGACGGCCAUCUGUCGAUCAUCCGCUCGGCGGCCUGCUUGGGCGACGAAGUCUGGGUGUCCGUUUUCCUGAAUCCGCUGCAGUUCCAGUCGCCGACGGACUUUUACACGUACCCCGCCUCCAUCGACGACGACAUGCGCGUCCUUGCCAAAGCCGCCGUCGACCUUGUCUUCAUUCCCUCCCCCGCCAGCCUCUAUCCUCUCGACGUGAAAGACACGUUCUCCGUCCAGCCCGCGCUGUGCAAGGACCCUUCAGUUGCGCCGCCCGUCGGCGCAAAGCAGGACGAAAAAUCCGAGAUGGCGCCCGAGUCGCCCGCGCAGAACGGCGGCGAGGCUGCCUGGAAGCCGCCCCAGAGACUCUUCAGAAUGCGCGUGGACUUUGAGGACGUGGAGCGAGUCGAGGGAGAAGGCCGAAGACGCCCAGGGUUUUUCAAAGGCAUCGGCACGGUAGUGUCGCAGCUGUUUACGUUGAUUCGUCCAACCUACGCGCACUUUGGGUUGAAGGAUUUUCAGCAGGUGGCGUGCAUCAAACGCCUCUUGUGCGGACUCGGUCUCGACACCCGCCUCCUCGCGCACAGCACCUGGCGCGACCCAGAUGGAAUGUCUACGGCGAGCCGCAACAACCGCCUGUCGCCAGAAGAGCGCGCACACACACAGAAGACCUUCCGCCUUCUGAAACAUCUUGAAGACGUUUUCCAGAAAGGCGAGCGCAACGUCGGCAAGCUGCUGCAGGCCGCGAACGACUUCUCUCAGAAGGAGAAGCUGCAUCUGUACUACGCGACACUCGAUCGCUUCGAAGACGCGGAGCCCGUGGUGUUCAGACACACGGGCGGAGCAGCCAAGACCCUGAGCGAAUUCCGCGACAUGGAGGCGGCAACGGGCCGGCUCGAGAAGCGACAACGACUGGAAGACGCAGGAGAUGCGGCAGACGUGCACAGCGACGCAGGGGGGCCUCAGAACGCGACCGCAGCUAGCGGUCUGUCGCCGUCGUCUGCUGCGUAUGAUAGCUCCGCGGACAUGUGUCUGUCGGACGCGGGCCGGUAUUGCAUGACGGUGGCUGUUCGCGGCAAUCCGCUGACGACAAUCGUCGAUAAUGUUGUCCUCGUCCCUGGAUGCAGGAACGACCUUCUUCCACAGCCCUUUAACGCGCCGUGGGACCGCCACUGCGUGGACGCCAAGUACCGAUGUUUCCCGUCCUUCCUCCUGCUCUCUUCGCUCGGCUUCCAUCUUCGUCGCCUUACGGUGUCGGACUUGGCGGCCAUUCACGAAGUGGAGAAAGCCGACGCGCGCCUUGCUCGAAAGAACGAUGCAACAAACGGAGGCUCAGAGACAGUCAACGGUGAUGCCGCGCCAGCAUACGCUUGGAUGGAUGAGGCCACGCUCUCGCGGCAGUCCGCGGACAACACGUGGGCGCUUGGCUUGUUCAAGUGGCGCCUAGGCACGUUUCGCAGUACCGCGCUUCCGACGGCAAGCGCACAUAUUUCACAGGAAAAUGAAGAAAGCCUCGUUGGCUAUGUGUGGGCAGACGCAGAUGCAUCCCGCGAAACGCCGGCAAGCAGUGAAGCGGAGUCGACUGCUUGGCGACUCCGUCGUGUGUUCAUCGCGCGAGCACACCGCAGGCGGACGAUCGGCACACAUUUGAUCAAGGCAUUCCUUGCUACUUUGUGCAGCGAGAAACGGAAGACGGGCCGCAUUGCCUCCAAAGAUCUCGAAACAGAUCCUAUGCCUCUAUGGCUGGUGCCGGCCGCUGCUGAAUGUGGCUUCUCGGUUACUGACGCACCUGCAGGCGACUCGAAGGACCCGCUUUGCCGGAUGCGCGUCAGCUUGGACGGAUGGUUCAGACACUUCGUUGAAAAUUUGGAUUUAUGA